ACAACUUACAAAAAUGGCAACAAACUUUUUUCCCCCACCAAUCACCUCUAUAUCGGAGCUCCGGCAAUCCCACGCUCACUUUAUCAAAACCGGUCUCAUUAGCGACCCAUUUUCCGCCGGCCGUCUAAUAUCCUCCGCCACUGCUGUAUCACCACCACAUUCUCUCUCAUACGCACACUCCAUUUUCACACACUUAGAAAACCCAAAUUCAUAUUCUUACAACGCCUUAAUCCGCGCAUAUGCCAACAGCCCCACACCCGAAACCUCAUUCGAUCUUUUUAUCAAGAUGUUGUUUGACUUUAAAGUUGACCCAGAUAAAUAUACAUACACAUUUGUAUUGAAAGCUUGUGCAGCUGCUAAAAGUGUUGGUUUUGGAAAACAGGUUCAUGGGCUUGUGAUAAAAUGUGGGGUUGAUGAUGAUGUGUAUGUUUGUAAUACUUUGAUUCAUAUGUAUGCAAAAGGAGGUUUUUUUGAGAUUGCUCGUAAGGUGCUUGAUGAAAUGUCUGAGAGAGAUGUAAUUUCGUGGAAUGCGAUUUUGAGUGCUUAUGUUGAUAUGGGUAUGAUGGAAUUGGCGCGUCGGUUGUUUGAUGAAAUGCCUGAGAGGAAUGUGGAGUCUGGGAAUUUUAUGAUUUCUGGGUAUGUUAAGGAUGGGUUGGUUGUUGAGGCGAGACGUAUAUUUGAUGGGAUGUUAGUGAAAGAUGUUGUUUCUUGGAAUGGGAUUAUAACGGGGUAUGCUCGUGAUGGGGAUUUUGAUGAAGUGUUUCGGCUUUUUGAAGAUAUGAGAAAGGCUGGGAUGGUGCCUGAUGAUUAUACACUUGUUAACGUGUUGUCUUGUUGUGCUAGUGUGAGUGGUUUGAACCAAGGGGAAUGGGUUCAUGGUUAUAUUGAUAAGAACGGGAUUGAAGUGGGAGGGUUUUUAGCCACUGCGCUGGUGGAUAUGUACUCAAAAUGCGGAUGUCUCGAUAAGGCAUUGGAAGUAUUUCAUGAAACUAAAAACAAGGAUAUUAGUACAUGGAAUUCAAUGAUUACUGGAUUAGGCCUCCAUGGCUUUGGUGAACCUGCAUUAGAAUUGUUCCAUAAACUAGUGGCAGAGGGACUUAAGCCCAAUGAGGUCACGUUUGUUGGCAUUUUAUCAGCUUGCAGCCGUUCUGGAUUACUAGAUGAAGGUUGCAAUAUGUUUGAACUUAUGGUGCACACUCACAAGAUCAAGCCUACAAUUGAGCAUUACGGAUGUAUGGUAGACUUGCUUGGUCGAUUUGGAUUGUUAAACGAGGCUGAAAAACUUGCAAAAGAAGUUCCGUUUGAAGAAGCUCAGAUUGUCUGGGAGUCUCUUUUGGGAGCUUGCAGAAGUCACAAUGACGUUGAAAUGGCAGAGCGUGUCACUAAAAAGCUUCUUGAAUUAGAUCCACAGGACAGUGCUGGUUAUGUUCAGUUGUCAAAUGUUCAUGCAUAUAAAGGGAGAUUUAGUGAUGCAAUAGAGUUGAGGAGGAAGAUGAAGGCACAAGGUGUCUAUAAAGCUCCUGGUUGUAGCAUGAUUGAAGUUGAUGGAACUGUUCACCAGUUCUUAGCUGGUGAAGGAAUGGUGUUGUAGCCAGAACACCUUCAUCCAGUAAAAUCUCUCUAUAUUUUGGGACAAAAGAGGCAAUCGCUAACUCAAGUGGCAUGAAGCUUGGUAUAUGUCAUGAAAGGAUGCUUUAAGAAUAUAAAGUGAAUCCCUUCUUUAAAGGACUGAAAUGGGGAACCGGCUAUGGCCAAAUUAUAUACAGGUGUUCUAUAUGACAUAUCUAGAAGACGCAAUCUAAGCCAUUUACUACUAAAUGGUUGAUUCCGGUUAUGUCAUCUGUAAUGAGUCAAAUAACUAUAGUUAUCUCAAUAUGACUAACUCGUGAAGCUUGCAAGCCUAAUGUGAUGAUGGCCAAUGAUUACACACUUGUUUACGUGCUAUGUUGUGCCACCUUGAGGGUUUAAACAACGGUGAAUGAAUUCAUGCUUAAAUUGACAAGUUCAUGAUUGAAAUGGAUGGUUUCUAGCAACUACGCUUGUGGUUAUCUGCUGAAUGUGUGGAUGUAUCGAAAAGGCACCGGGAAAUAUUCCAGAAAACUUUAAAGAAGGUUAUAAGUACAUGGAAUUCAGUUAUUACUGAUUAGGCCACCAUGACUAUGGUGAACACGCAUUUGAAUUAUUUUCUACUAUGAAUAGUGGCAGGGGAAGCGUAAUGAGAUCAGAUUAGUUAACGUCGUAUCAGCUUGUAGUCAUUCUCGCCUACUAGACGCAGGUUACAAAAUGUUUGAUUGGUGCACACUCACAAGAUUGAGCCUACAUUUGGGCAUUAUGGAUUUAUGGUAGACUUGAUUGAUCCGUUUGGAUUGUUAGAUGAGGCCGAUAAACUUGCAAGAGAGAGGAGUCUCUUUGACGGUGCUUGCGAAUUAUAUGUGUUAGAGUGUGUCACCAAAACGAUUCUUGAGUUGGAUCCAGACUCUAGACAUGAGCAAAAAGACUCAAAUUCUGAUCCUAUCCCAGUCAUGUAAUUGAUGCUUACGGGUAACGAUUCUUGAGUUGGAUCCAGACUCUAGACAUGAGCAAAAUGUCCCAAAUCCCGAUCCUAUCCCAAUCAUGUAGCAUGAAUUCUGGAUUUUAGUAUUUUCUGUCAUGAAGUGAUGCUUACGGGUAACAUUUAUAUGAUAUACUUAGCACACCCAUUUACCGAAUCCUGUCUCUGACAUAUCUAUAGGUCUUAAUAUCGACUGAUUUACUAAAUGAGUCAAUUCAGGUUAUUUUCAUUUAACAGGUCAAACAAGUUUAUUUCAUAUGGCAAGAACAGGAUAUUCAAAAAUCUGAUGCGGCCAUCUGAUGUGCUGUGUGACAUAAUCAAAUUGAUGGUGCGACUAAAGUUAAUGACUUUGAAGCUAAAGAAGACUGCUCGUGUGGAGCAAUGGCUCGCUGACUGGGGUAUUGUAGCUGAUCAAACGUUGCAAUAUGGAUGAGUGAUUGUUUUAGCUGUUCUUCUUGCUACUUUAUAUGUAUUGGUUGUGUUUCCGUUGGCAUAUAGGUAGACAGUAGACUAGUGGUGUUGACUAAGAUAUAGUUAUGCUGGUUAUUAUAUUUGUGGUGUGUCACAUAUAUAAAGUAGUGUGUUAUUCAAUCACACUACUUGUACUAAACUUCUGAUGAAUGUUGUUAUAUAAAGUCAUCGGGAUAA